CCACUUCCUGCCACUUGCUUGCUCUUGUCUUUCUCUCCUUCACUCACAAGUCACAAAUCUGCAAGAUAGACACGAACUCAUAAUCUUGGUUUUCGUAAAAGAAAAAAAGAGAGGAGAUUUCUUAUUCAGAUCUGAACAAAGUUGAAACUAAUCAUGGAUCGUUAUUCAAGGAGGAACUCAGAGGAUCUAGUAGUGCCUAACUAUCAGGAGACAUCAGAUUCAUACCCAUCUCCUGAUAUGUGGGGUGGAUGGAGCAUGAACUCUCAGAAAGCUGCGGAGAAAUGCUUCGACUUUGAUGUGAUUAACAAUGGAUUCAGUGGAGGAUUAUACAGUCAGAUGGAGAUGGAGAUGGAGAUGGAGAUGGGGACGAGUGGAGAAGUAGAAGAAGAAUCAAAGAGGUUAAAGGCGGCUGGUGAUUGUUUCUACCGCCCAACGUCGUCGCUUCAUGAUUUCGAUGGAAUCCAACAGAUGGAUGACAUAUUCUUAAGUUCCAUUUUGGAGGAUGUUCCAGGGAAUGAGGGUCUUCAUUCUUUCAGUGAGUUGGAUAAUGACAGUCCCGGUCCUUCCUCUGCGUAUCUCAGCAAUCUCGAUGGCAUAGAAGUCCCGAUGUUCCAUUAUGAUUGGGAAACUUGUCAAGACAUGCCUCUUAUGGGGGAGCAUGAGGCAUCAAUGAAGAUCUCGGAGCUAUGUGAGGAAAAUAUGGAGGAGCCGUCUAAUGAAGAAGUUGUGUUGCAGGAUCUACAAAGGGCUACAGAAAAGUUGACAGAUGAUACCCGCAAAUGCUUCCGCGAUACAUUUUACCGGCUUGCGAAGAACUCACAACAGAAGUCAGAAUCCGGCAACAACAACCCGGAGGAGUUCCUUGAGGAUGGAACAAGUAGGAACAGAGAUCAGAAGACUGAACUGGAAACAAAUUCAAUCGACAGAGCAAUCGCCAAUCUCACAUUCAACAAGAUGGAAUCCAACAUGAGAAAUUUGCCUCCACCAAAGAGAGUUUCUUGUAAUCAAGGAUAAGGGGAAAGUUUCAGAACAAAAACCUUAUCAUCAUCUUUAGUAUGUGUAUAUAUUAUGUAUUGUGCGUGUGUGUGUGUGUGUAUAUGCUUUGGCUUGACUUUGCCAAGCUUCAGUUUUGAUCUCUAUUUCAAUACACUCUGAUGAGCUUCGUUGACUUUGUUCCUGGAUUUCAUUUUCUCGAUGCAAUAUGUUGUAUUACUUACUGAA